CUCUGAUCAUUCAUACACGUUGUUGCUUCUCCUCGUUUCUCUCUCUAAAGCCUGCAAAAAAAGGAAAAAAAGAAACUCUCAAUCAAUUCAGAGACGAAGAAGACGAAGAAAGGAUUGCUUGGGUUUCUUUUUUUCGAUUUUCUCCGCCGUAACUUCCUUGAGAAAAUUGCAAAAGACAUUUAUUAUGAGAGAGAGAGAGAGAGUGGGGGGUCGGAUGUUGAGAUGAAUUGUUUUUUGGGUAUUUCUCUGUUUUGUUAUUAUUUGUAAGUAGCUUGUUAUGGGCUGGUGUGUUGAUUAAACGCGAAAUAUAGUAUUUUCUCGGGGAAAACGGAAAUGAAAGGAAAAAAAAAACAACGUUUGGUUUUUCUGGAAUAUAGGGAGUAGAGCUACAGUGAUCCUUUCUUUGUGUGGAGUUUCAGUUUUAUAAGGCCCUUUUAUUACGGACAAAGAGUACCGAUAAAUAUAGAGAAGCUCAGAAAUUGUAGUGGAGAAUAGUUCAACCAUUUGAGACCCAAUUUUCAGGAAUGGAACAUGGGCAUGGGACCAUCUGGCUCCUCUUUUUCCUCUUCUCCUUGGUUUAUUUCUUUUAUGUCUUGAGAUAGUCUGAAUAUGGGGUUAGCUUCGUUGUUUGUGAAAAAGAUUCAACUAUUGUGACAGAAGACUUAACUACUAUACAAGCUCAUACAUGGAUGAAUAUCCUGGAAAACGAGCUGCUGAUGGCCUUGUUGUCUCUAGAAAGGGGUCUGUUUUAAGAGAAUCUCCUAACAACAGAGAUAACAAUGCUCAAUUCUGCAACAGAAUUGGAUGCAAUGGAAGACUAAAUUCCCCGAAGGCUACCCAAAGUGGAGAAGCCAAACCUUGGAAACCUUCUGUACGCGCAUCUUGUAGCGGGAAGGAGAUAAUUGGAAGUUCUUCUAGUACAAGUGCUUCCAUCAGAAAUCCAAGAAAAUCCAUCUCAGAGCCUUGCAAAAAGCUUUCUCCUCAUAUGGAAACAGAUUCAUCGGAGACUGGCAGUGUCCAGGAUGAGCCAGAAAUUUCAGACCCGAUCACUCCGCCUGGAAAGGUUCAAAGAGGACUUAACAUUGAAUCAAAAAAUGCGAAGUCUAGUGAGGUCUCACUAUUGGAAGUAGGAAGCUCUAUUGUAGCAACAAGUGCACGAUCUCGUAGGAAUUUUAACCAGAGAUCUGGAAUGAGCAACCAAGCUACUUCAGUGAGUCCCUCUGCAUCUUCCGGAUCAAAAAACACAAGCAUGCAGCCCCAUGCUGGUGCAACCAGGAAUGGUUUGAGAAAUCUAAAAUGCAAUUCAAUAUCUGAUGUUGUUACAUCAAGUUACUCAUCAUCGGAUGCGAGCUUCCGUAAAAGGAGAGAAACUGUUAAAAAGAGAAAUUCUGAAGCAGAAAGUAGUUCCACUACCAAAGGGAAGAAAAUCAAUGGGUCAUUAUCUGGACAGAACUCCAGUUCUGACGGCAUUUCCAUUUCUGAUUCAAGAAGAGGUAGAAAUAUGCCUCCUAACAGGGAUAGUAGUCCUGCUUCAGUUAGGACUCGGAGAUCAGUCAACAGUCAAACAAGGCUUUCAACUCAAGGAAGUGGAAACAAUUUAUCACGCAAUGGUUCCCCUGUGGUCAUCCCACGGCGGUCUCAUUGUGAGAUAUCUAUGGACAUUAGUCCUGGUUCAUCACAGCUAUUAUCCACCGAAGCUCCCUUGGGUCGCACAAAUUCUUAUGGUCGAUCAGGUAGUAGCAGUGAGAAUAUACGCAAUAGUUUACCGUCUGGUCCAGCAGAAGUUGGUUUUAGUCGAUCUUUAGUGAAUCGAGAUAAUAUGCGGCGAUACAACAUGGAUGGGGUUGCAGAGGUAUUAUUGGCACUUGAGAGAAUUGAACAUGAUGAAGAGCUAACAUUUGAGCAAUUACUUUCUCUGGAGACCAAUUUGUUCCUAAAUGGCCUUAGUUUCUAUGAUCAACAUAGAGACAUGAGACUGGAUAUUGAUAACAUGUCAUACGAGGAAUUAUUAGCUCUUGAAGAGAGAAUGGGUAACGUAAGUACAGCACUUCCAGAAGAAGCAUUGUCUGAGUGCCUUAAGAUAAGCAUAUAUCAGUCUAUGCCUUUAGAAGGUGUGGCCAUUGGCAGCAAUGAUGAUGUCAAAUGCAGUGUCUGCCAGGAAGAGUAUGUGGGUGGAGAUGAAGUAGGAAGGUUGCAGUGCGAGCACAGCUUUCAUGCUGUUUGCAUACAACAGUGGCUGGGUCUUAAGAACUGGUGCCCAAUAUGCAAGUCGUCAGCGGCUCCUUCACCUUCAACUUCACCAAACCGACCCUCCACAUAGAUAUAGUAGUUCUUUUAUGUGCCAGAGGUACAUUGUGUACAAAUUAAAUGGGUUUCUUCCUCUUCACUUUUUCUACUUUUUUUUUUAAUAUUCAUAUCCACUUUUGUUAAUGUACAUUCAUUCUCCUUUUCUCCAUCAACUAAUAAGCCCGAGUAUUGGUGGUGCACAUAGUGGGACUCUGCACUCAUUCACGGAACUGUGAAUAUUCACAAGUUGUUUUUAUGAAUCUCUCUCUCUCUCUCGUGAUGGUUUGAAACGAUUAACUAUUCCCAGAAAGAAAUGGUACCUUUUGUCUUUGCUAA